AUGGCAGGAUUUGUGACGGCUUUCAUGAACCCGUUCAAUUAUGUUGGCGGCGUGAGCUUUGCUCCCGAAACUGAUAUUCCAGACCUAGCCGAUAAAGUCAUCUUGGUCACUGGAGGAAAUGCCGGUCUAGGCAAAGAAUCCAUUCUCCAACUAGCCAAACACAAUCCCAAGAAAAUUUUUCUCGGUGCGCGCUCGGAGUCGAAAGCACAAGAAGCUAUCAAGUCUCUAAAGUCAUCGGUUUCAAACGAUGUCGAGAUCACAUGGGUCCCCUUAGACCUAAUGUCAGGUGAAUCGGUCAAGAAAGCUGCUGAACAAGUCAAUGCUCAGACCGAUCGACUUGACAUCCUCAUUCUCAAUGCCGGUGUGAUGGCUCUGCCUCCUGGUGAGACAGAUCUAGGCCAUGAGAUCCAGCUAGGAACAAACCACACCGGUCACUUCCAUCUCACCAAGCUUCUUCUGCCUACUCUACUCAAGACCGCUGAACAACCCGGUUCAGAUGUUCGAGUAGUGUCGCUCUCGUCAGUUGGGCAUAACUUUGCUCCCGCAUUCGAAACGAUCCUCGAUCAAGAGAAGCUCAAAAAUGUCAACACCAACGCUCGAUACGGUGCAUCCAAAGCUGCCAAUAUCUUGUUUGCCGCAGAGCUCAGCAGACGUUACCCGUCAAUAACGUCAGUUUCGGUUCACCCGGGCGUCAUCAUGACGGAUCUGUAUGGGGCUAUGAACGAGCGCUCUUCUAUCGCCGCCAUGGGACACAAAUUCAUGAGCUGUGUUGGUACUUCAGUAUCUCAAGGUGCUUACAAUCAACUGUGGGCUGCUGCCGGCGCAAAGAAGGAAGAGCUCACCAACGGCGCUUACUACGUGCCAACUGGUAACUUGAAGCCCGACAACAAGUUCUCGAGUAAUGAGGAUAUGGGCAGGCGCUUGUGGGAGUGGACUGAGGCUGAGCUCCAAAAAGCCCAUCUGUGA